GGGGUCGAUCGAAAAACCUAACGGACGAGGAGAUGAGGGCGUGCCCGGAAGGUGAUACGCGCUGGCCGCCGCCAGAGUCAUCUUAUCCAAGGCCUCUACACCUCCUUCUGGACGAGAAACGCGAGAAACGCAUAUACUACCAUCUCAUCUACAAAAACAGUGCUCCAGAAGCCAACCACUGGAAGCAGGAGAUUAAGAGCAAGGCCGGAUUAUUCUAUAAUCAGAAGUUCCCUCCACCACCAUCCAUAAAGAAAGAAGGCAAGACCGCCCACCAGAUACAGCAGGAGAAAGAACAAGCAGAGAUAGAGAACAAGGGCAGAGCGCGCGGCGCCAUCAUCGCGGCUAAAAUGCAAAGAAAGUUAAGAGAGAUUAGCUCUGGACCAAGAGGAACGAUAUGGAUACUCGAGGAAGAGAAUGCUGAACUUUGGAGCUGCAUCGAGUUUGUGCAGAAGGCGUCACCGCCUCAUUAUGCGGUGAAUCUUGGGGCAACAACUGAGAGGUUUGAGAUAUUCGGGUUGGGGCUCAAGGGAGAGAGAGAUCAUAUUUUGCUGAUGAGCCAGAAGGUCACUGCGCCUUAACAGGCAUUGCUAGAGAAGUCAACUAGUCAUGUUGAGUUGAUCGGACUGUGGUGCCGUAGGAGAAAGCGGAUUUGAUUGGGUAGUUGAACGUAGAGUGAGCAAUAUCCGAUUCUGAAACAAACUACGCGAGUGACAGAACGACGAUGCGAGUGCGUUUCCAGUAAAGCCUGAAGCCAUCCAAGUCUCGUAUAUAUACGAAGACAUUGAGGUGAUC